CGUAAACCUGUGACGUUUCUAUUACUUAAGCAACUUUUCACAGCUCAUAUCGCCAUCGAAAAGUCAUCUUAUAAUCUGAUCACCCACCUGAGAGGGGGAAAAAAGUAAAAUGGCUCUCAGAAGUGCCUUCACACGUCUGCUCUCCAACAGCCGUAUGUCCGUGGCUGUCACUGCAUCCAGAGCUCAGGGCACAGCGGUUGCAGCACAAAAAGGUGCUGAAGAAGCCAAAAAGCCGGCAAAGCCAGCCAAGGUGGCAUUCAACUGGCGGGAUGCUCUCGACCUGGAGGGUCAGCUGACGGAGGAAGAGAUCAUGAUCCGGGACUCGUUUCGGGACUACUGCCAGGAAAAACUCAUGCCGCGCGUCCUUAUGGCCAACAGACAUGAACAUUUUCACCGUGAGAUUGUCUCAGAGAUGGGAGAGUUGGGAGUCCUAGGCCCGACUAUUAAAGGGUAUGGUUGUGCAGGUACGAGUUAUGUGGCAUAUGGUUUGAUUGCCAGAGAGGUUGAGAGGGUGGACAGUGGAUAUCGGUCUGUAAUGAGCGUCCAGUCUUCACUGGUCAUGCACCCGAUUAAUGCGUACGGCACAACAGCCCAGAAGGAGAAGUACCUUCCCCGGCUUGCUCGGGGAGAAAUUGUAGGUUGCUUUGGUUUGACAGAACCAAAUCAUGGCAGUGAUCCCAGCAGUAUGGAGACUAAGGCCAAGUACAACCCAUCGAGUGGUACCUUCACCAUCAGCGGAGCUAAGACCUGGAUCACAAACUCUCCUGUGGCAGACAUUGCAGUAGUCUGGGCGAAGUGUGAAGAUGGGAGAGUGCGGGGUUUCAUCUUGGAGCGUGGCAUGAAGGGCUUUUCUACCCCCAAGAUUGAGGGAAAAUUUUCUCUUAGGGCGUCUGCCACUGGCAUGAUCCUGAUGGAUGAAGUAGAAGUUCCUGAGGAGAACCUGCUGCCCAAUGUCUCUGGCCUCAGUGGUCCUUUUGGUUGUCUGAACAAUGCCCGGUAUGGUAUUGCCUGGGGAGCUCUGGGAGCAGCUGAAUUCUGCUUUCACGCUGCUCGACAGUACACUCUGGACAGAAUCCAAUUUGGUGUGCCACUGGCCAGAAACCAGCUGAUGCAGAAGAAAAUGGCUGACAUGCUAACAGAGAUCACCAUUGGGCUGCAGUCAUGCCUGUACCUGGGAAGGCUUGUUGAUGAGAAGAAGGCGGCACCGGAGAUGAUCUCCAUGCUGAAGAGAAAUAGCUGUGGCAAGGCACUGGAUAUUGCUAGACAGGCCAGAGACAUGCUAGGAGGAAACGGCAUCUCUGAUGAGUACCACAUCAUCCGUCAUGUCAUGAACUUGGAGGCUGUCAAUACAUAUGAGGGUAGGGAAAAUUAA